AUGAAAUAAUAAUAUAGUGUGAUAUUACCUAUUAGUGCUGAAGUAAACUUUUUGCGCAUCCUAUUUAGAGUUUCUAAAAGGGAAGCAAAUUUGUAGACUAUUUGAUUGACUUCGAUCUGAGUAAGCAAAACUAGUAAAAGGUUGAAUUAGUAUCAUAGGUUUGAUAUUGAUAUUAUAAGUUAGUCACCCAUUGUUAAAAUGUAUAUACUCUCUAAUUAUUUACCAGAAUUUCUCUCAUAAUUAACUAAUCAGAAACAAAUUCAAAUUUAAGAGCGUAAGACAUCAUAUGAAAAUUGUGAACAGAGAAUAUUUAAUGUAGUUUAAUUUUCUGGGAUUGAGGUGGCUAUAAUUGGCAAAAUAGCUCCUAAUCCAAAUAGAGCUGCUUAAGUCAUUGAUGUUGUUACAGAAGAAUUAGAUUAUUUUAAGGGAUAUGAAAAAGAUGUCGAGAGAAAAUUAAGAGAUAAUUUUGGCAUUUUAGAGAAGAAUAAUUGGUAAAGAUUCUGUCCAAACAUUGUUGCAAUUAAUUUAAGUGUUGAAAUCAAUAUCUAUCAAUAUGGCGAAGAAUCAAAUGCAAUUUCAUAAUUCUUAACAGAAAUAAUAAGAAAAUACAUUUUGUACUUUUAUAAGUCAAUGCUACUAACUUAUAAUGUUUGGCAGAGUGUAAAUGAUUCUGAAUUGUUUAAGAUGAAUAAAUCAGUUUUAUUACAAUAAUAAUAAGUGAAGUUGAAUCUAUAUCAAUAAAUAACUUCUCUCAAAGAUCUAUAAAAGACUUCUUAUAAAGAGUAUUGUAUUAUAAUAAAAAUAGAUUAAAGAAAAAGUACUUCAAAAACUAUCCUAAUCUAUCUUAAUCAACAUUUUCCACUCCUGGAAAAUAAUCAUCAGUUAUUUUAACAAGCUCCUAAACUCCAACCAAAACUCCUUAAUUAUCAAGAAAGAAAGCAGGAAUGAUUUAUAAAAGGGGAGAUGGCCCCAUAGAUUAUAAUUGGAAUCAAAGAUAUCUAGUAUUGGAUGGAUAAACAUUGAUAUAUUUUAAAGAUAGAAAUGAUAAAGUACCUAGAGGUGCCAUAAAUUUAAGGGAAGCAUAUAUAUCUCAAAUGUCUAGUUUAGAUGAUAGAGAACAUUGUUUUUAUAUUGAAGUGGAGGCUUAGAAUAAUAAGCAAUUUUAUUUCAGCGGAGAAAAUUUGGAUGAAACUGAAUAAUGGCGUGAAGAAAUCUCUUAAGCUACAACAGCAGUAAUUUCAACAGAAUAAAGACCUUCUUUUGCAGUUACAAAUACAUAUUUAUUGACUGAUACACUACCUACAGAGUUAUCUAAAUAUAAAAUUUUAACAAUGCUUGAUGACUUAUAAUAACAAUGGUAAUUUCGUAAAUUUAGGAAUGGAGUGAAAAUUUACGAAAAUCCUAUUUAAAAUAAAAGUAAUAUGAAUUGGAAAUUGUAUUUAAUUUUGUGCCUUGCAUUUUGUAUUAGCGUAUAUUUGAAACCAAAUUGGCUACNGUUUAAUUUUCUGGGAUUGAGGUGGCUAUAAUUGGCAAAAUAGCUCCUAAUCCAAAUAGAGCUGCUUAAGUCAUUGAUGUUGUUACAGAAGAAUUAGAUUAUUUUAAGGGAUAUGAAAAAGAUGUCGAGAGAAAAUUAAGAGAUAAUUUUGGCAUUUUAGAGAAGAAUAAUUGGUAAAGAUUCUGUCCAAACAUUGUUGCAAUUAAUUUAAGUGUUGAAAUCAAUAUCUAUCAAUAUGGCGAAGAAUCAAAUGCAAUUUCAUAAUUCUUAACAGAAAUAAUAAGAAAAUACAUUUUGUACUUUUAUAAGUCAAUGCUACUAACUUAUAAUGUUUGGCAGAGUGUAAAUGAUUCUGAAUUGUUUAAGAUGAAUAAAUCAGUUUUAUUACAAUAAUAAUAAGUGAAGUUGAAUCUAUAUCAAUAAAUAACUUCUCUCAAAGAUCUAUAAAAGACUUCUUAUAAAGAGUAUUGUAUUAUAAUAAAAAUAGAUUAAAGAAAAAGUACUUCAAAAACUAUCCUAAUCUAUCUUAAUCAACAUUUUCCACUCCUGGAAAAUAAUCAUCAGUUAUUUUAACAAGCUCCUAAACUCCAACCAAAACUCCUUAAUUAUCAAGAAAGAAAGCAGGAAUGAUUUAUAAAAGGGGAGAUGGCCCCAUAGAUUAUAAUUGGAAUCAAAGAUAUCUAGUAUUGGAUGGAUAAACAUUGAUAUAUUUUAAAGAUAGAAAUGAUAAAGUACCUAGAGGUGCCAUAAAUUUAAGGGAAGCAUAUAUAUCUCAAAUGUCUAGUUUAGAUGAUAGAGAACAUUGUUUUUAUAUUGAAGUGGAGGCUUAGAAUAAUAAGCAAUUUUAUUUCAGCGGAGAAAAUUUGGAUGAAACUGAAUAAUGGCGUGAAGAAAUCUCUUAAGCUACAACAGCAGUAAUUUCAACAGAAUAAAGACCUUCUUUUGCAGUUACAAAUACAUAUUUAUUGACUGAUACACUACCUACAGAGUUAUCUAAAUAUAAAAUUUUAACAAUGCUUGAUGACUUAUAAUAACAAUGGUAAUUUCGUAAAUUUAGGAAUGGAGUGAAAAUUUACGAAAAUCCUAUUUAAAAUAAAAGUAAUAUGAAUUGGAAAUUGUAUUUAAUUUUGUGCCUUGCAUUUUGUAUUAGCGUAUAUUUGAAACCAAAUUGGCUACCUUUUUUGAUGGCUAUUUUGGUUGCAGGAUUAUCUGCUUGUUACUUUAAAAAACAGCAAGCCUAGACAAUACGUGUUUAUGGGAGAAUGGUUUGUGAUAUAGAUUCUUCUAAAGCAUUUAGAAUAAUUAAGAAUUUAAAAUUCAAGAAAGUUUUGGAUAGCAAUUUUGUAUAAAUUAAUAAAAUAAAGGACAAUAAGGAUGUAGAAUUUAGUGUAAGUUAAUUAAUUAAUAUUAGAAAAGAGCGAAAGUGCAUUUUAUAAUCCAUCCUAUAAGAUAAAAAUAAGUAGUAUCAAAGCCAAUAAUAAUUCAGAUGAAUUUAUUGAGAUAUCGAUUUAUCAUAAACAAUGGUAGUUCAUUUAUUGUGGAUAUAUUGACAUCUGAUAAUAAUAAGUUUAAUAUGUUUGAAGCCUAUGAGAUUUAAAGAAUUCCUAAAGUAUCAGGGAAAGGAUUAGUGAAUUAUUAUUGCGAGAUAGGUUGUUCCAGAAUAACUACUGAAUUAGUAAUUAGAAUCAUUAAUAAAUUUAGGAAAAAUAUCUAUAUAAUAAAGCAGAGAAUUUAAGUUUAAUUUCAUAAACUAUAGAUGAAGAAAGGUUUCAUUAAUUUUAACAGUCCAUUGUUAGUGACCUUUCAUCCACAUAUAUAAAAUAGAAAUCAAGAUCUAUUGCUGGAUUUGAUGAAUAAAUAGGUUCAAUUGGUUAAUUGAAGAAUGGACAACAAUUAAAAAGUAAAAGAUUAGAAGANCUUCAAAAACUAUCCUAAUCUAUCUUAAUCAACAUUUUCCACUCCUGGAAAAUAAUCAUCAGUUAUUUUAACAAGCUCCUAAACUCCAACCAAAACUCCUUAAUUAUCAAGAAAGAAAGCAGGAAUGAUUUAUAAAAGGGGAGAUGGCCCCAUAGAUUAUAAUUGGAAUCAAAGAUAUCUAGUAUUGGAUGGAUAAACAUUGAUAUAUUUUAAAGAUAGAAAUGAUAAAGUACCUAGAGGUGCCAUAAAUUUAAGGGAAGCAUAUAUAUCUCAAAUGUCUAGUUUAGAUGAUAGAGAACAUUGUUUUUAUAUUGAAGUGGAGGCUUAGAAUAAUAAGCAAUUUUAUUUCAGCGGAGAAAAUUUGGAUGAAACUGAAUAAUGGCGUGAAGAAAUCUCUUAAGCUACAACAGCAGUAAUUUCAACAGAAUAAAGACCUUCUUUUGCAGUUACAAAUACAUAUUUAUUGACUGAUACACUACCUACAGAGUUAUCUAAAUAUAAAAUUUUAACAAUGCUUGAUGACUUAUAAUAACAAUGGUAAUUUCGUAAAUUUAGGAAUGGAGUGAAAAUUUACGAAAAUCCUAUUUAAAAUAAAAGUAAUAUGAAUUGGAAAUUGUAUUUAAUUUUGUGCCUUGCAUUUUGUAUUAGCGUAUAUUUGAAACCAAAUUGGCUACCUUUUUUGAUGGCUAUUUUGGUUGCAGGAUUAUCUGCUUGUUACUUUAAAAAACAGCAAGCCUAGACAAUACGUGUUUAUGGGAGAAUGGUUUGUGAUAUAGAUUCUUCUAAAGCAUUUAGAAUAAUUAAGAAUUUAAAAUUCAAGAAAGUUUUGGAUAGCAAUUUUGUAUAAAUUAAUAAAAUAAAGGACAAUAAGGAUGUAGAAUUUAGUGUAAGUUAAUUAAUUAAUAUUAGAAAAGAGCGAAAGUGCAUUUUAUAAUCCAUCCUAUAAGAUAAAAAUAAGUAGUAUCAAAGCCAAUAAUAAUUCAGAUGAAUUUAUUGAGAUAUCGAUUUAUCAUAAACAAUGGUAGUUCAUUUAUUGUGGAUAUAUUGACAUCUGAUAAUAAUAAGUUUAAUAUGUUUGAAGCCUAUGAGAUUUAAAGAAUUCCUAAAGUAUCAGGGAAAGGAUUAGUGAAUUAUUAUUGCGAGAUAGGUUGUUCCAGAAUAACUACUGAAUUAGUAAUUAGAAUCAUUAAUAAAUUUAGGAAAAAUAUCUAUAUAAUAAAGCAGAGAAUUUAAGUUUAAUUUCAUAAACUAUAGAUGAAGAAAGGUUUCAUUAAUUUUAACAGUCCAUUGUUAGUGACCUUUCAUCCACAUAUAUAAAAUAGAAAUCAAGAUCUAUUGCUGGAUUUGAUGAAUAAAUAGGUUCAAUUGGUUAAUUGAAGAAUGGACAACAAUUAAAAAGUAAAAGAUUAGAAGAACGAAUUCCUGGAUAUAGAAGAUUCAAAGAAGGAGGAAUAGAAUGUUUUAAUAAGGAAGAAAUAAAAGCUUAAGAUGGGUUAGUAUUAGAUUUGAUGAGAUCGGCAGGAAGAUAAUUAUUUGAAGGUCGAAAUAUAAUUUCAUUUUCACUUCCUGUUCGUAUUUUUGAACCAAGAUCUAUGAUUGAGCGAAUAUGUGAUUAUUGGGGUUUUAUGCCUAUUUAUAUGGAAUAUGCAUUAGGAUAAUAGGAUGAGAAAGAGAGAUUCAAAUUGGUUGUUACAAUGAUAAUAGCUGGCUUAUACAAUGGAGGUAGAUAAAAGAAGCCAUUCAAUCCAAUUUUAGGAGAAACAUUUUAAGGUUCAUGGUAAGAUGGGUCAUCAAUUUGUAUUGAACAUACCAGUCAUCAUCCUCCUAUUUCAAAUUUCUAUAUUGAACAUUUUAGAAAAAAAUAUAGAUUUUAUGGUCAUUUUGAAUAUUAGGCUGCUCUAAGAUAUAAUGCAGUUAUUGGACAUCAAGUUGGAGAGAAUGUUGUUGAAUUUACUGAUGGAUAGAGAAUUACAUUUAGUAUGCCACCAGUUAAAGUAAGUGGUUUGAUCUAUGGUUCAAGAUUGUUAGAAUGGUAUGGUAGUAUCAAAUUUGUUGAUUAAAAAUAUGAUAUGGUUUGUGAUAUUAAGUUUUCUGAAGGUGCAGGUAUGUUAAUUGGUAGAAAUUAAAAACCAACUGAUUACUUUGAGUAAUUUAUUUAUAUUUUAUUUUUAGGGGUACUUUGUUUUAGCAUAACAAAGUCAUAUCUAAAGUAGAAGGUUCAUGGUUAGAAUCAAUUAGUUGGGAUGGAAUCAAAUAUUGGGAUAUUGAAAAGAUAGAUCCAGCCUAUAUCAUUAAAAGUGAAUCCCCCUUACCCAGUGAUUGCAGAUUCAGAACAGAUCUUAUUGAAUUAUCUAAUAAUAAUUUAGAUAGUGCAUAAGAGUAUAAUUAUUAAAACUAAUCUAUAGGGAAAAAACUAGACUUGAAAUCAUUUAGAGAAGAGAUCGAAAACUAAGGCAAGAUUAUAAAAAUAUCAAGUAGAAAUGA